AUGGAACUCGAGUUGUCUUUUGCAGAGGCGCUGGUUCUCCGCCGGGGUCUGAAUGCCCUGCGCAGCGUCUGCAGAGAUAUUCGGGUCUACGUACACCGCAACUCUCUGCAUCUGGAGGGUCUGAACGACAGCCGGACAGCGUGGAUGCAAAUCGCGUUCGCCAGGUGCUUCUUUUCCUCGUUUCGCCUCCCAAGACCUCGGAAGAUACCCCGACGGCACCCUGACAACAGAGAAUUUCCUGGGGACGGUGAAGAUGGAGCGGAAGACGGACAGUCGGCAGCUGUCAGGUUUGAGGCGACGGUCAGCGGAAAGCAGCUGUGGAAGGCGAUCGCCAAAGCAGUCAGCCCUUCGGGGAACGCGGGGGGACGCGGAAGCCUUAAGCUUGAGCGCAUGCGGAUAAAGGGCAUUCUCGCCUCUCGCGAAGGCGGCAACGGCUCUGCGGCGGCUCUCUCGCUCACAUUCAUCUUCCGAGGCCUUCCCGUCACACAAACUGUUCUCAUCUCCGCAGUUAACAUCCCGCACACCCUGCCCACGUUCAUCCGCUGGAAGCGGCGACACGUCGUCUCGAUGCCCGCACGCAGCUGGGCGAAGCUGCUGGACGAGUAUCUUUUGAAUGCAGAAAACCUCACGGUCGUUCACGAUGUGCCCAGCCAAGCCCUAAAGGUUCACUCGGGGUGGCAGCCGCAUGCGCAGAGCCGCGGGAACGCUGGAGAGACAAGCGAGACGUCCGCUUUUCAAGGCGUGUACGGAGAAAUCGUCCUCGAUAAAAGCCACCUUGACGUCCUCGAAUUCGACGAACGCCUGCCGAGCUUUUCUCACCUCACUUUUUCUUCGCGGGAGCUGCGAGCCACAGCGGCGCUCUGCGAGCAUUUGGGCGUUCCCCUGGUCGUCACGUACCGUGCCCCCGGAAGGCCUGUCGUCUGUUGUUUCGGCGCCGCUGCCCCGCUCGCCUCGACUUCCGAGGGGAGCGGCUCUUCCUCCUCGGCUGUCUCACCUUCUUCGGUCUUUGUGCCGCACCAAGUGCUGCGCGAGGCCCUGCGUCGAGUGCAGCGCGAAUACGACAGCGCGCGUCGUCUCCAGGGAGCAGAGGAAGCGACCGGGCUGCCCGCAGACCUCGAGGGGGACAGGGGAGUCCCUCAGCUGGACCCUGGCGAGGAGUCCGCGGUCAGCAACGUGGCGAGCGUGUGUGGCGACGACUACCUAGACUACGUCGAGCUGUACAGACAGCUCGAGGAGCCGCUGUCUGGCGCGGAGGAGGAGUUCUUCUCGCCUUCGCCUUCCGCCGCGCCGCUCAGUUUCGCAUCGUCUCCCGUGCGUCGCCGCCCGCCGCGCCGAGAGGCGGAGGCCAGUGCCGGCGCGGCGGGCGAGAGACCGGGGGCGGGUUUGGCGCGUACGUCGCCAGGCAGAAACGAGGCCUCGGAGGACGAAGAGUCUACAGGGGGGGAGUCUCGCGCAUCCGCGGCGCGAUUGGGACGACAGCGAGGAGGCCAAGCCGUUUUGGCCUCGGCGCCUGGCGACGACGAGCCUCCCGAGCCUCUCGAGGCUUCCUCAUGCUUCGAGGAAGCGAAUGAAGCAGAAGGCGGUGCGCGAGACGCAGGAGCGGCCGCGAGCAGGCAGGAGCGAGACGACGAUGGAGAGAGCGUCCGCACCUGGCUGGGCCAGGACGAAUCCGAAAGAGGAGUCUCCUCGGAGUCGGCGACGGAUCUCGAAGACCUCACCGUGGAGACAGCCGCUGAAAAAUCGGAAAAAUCGAAAGAAGCAAGGACGGGGGAGGGGCGACGCGGGGGGACGGCGAGAAGAGGAACGAAGCCCCGAGACGAAAACAAAGAAGCGCAGGCGAGGCGCCGCAGCGAGGGCGUCAGUAAGCACCAGUUCGGCGAGGGACAGGGGCGCGUCUACGACGGCGAAGCUGAGGAAGCGCGAGAGACGGUACACACCUCUCAAGAGCUGAAGAAAGCGACGGAUGCCGCGCGAGAUGCGGCGCGAGCGAAGGUUCAACGCUGGAUCGAGGCAGGCGGCCUAGGGGGCGCUGCUGAGAUGUAUCAGCAUUUGACGACGCUCUUCACAAACCUCCAUCUCGAGCGCGCUGCUCGCGGAGCAGACGAGGCGUCUGCGAACCGGAUGGGGUUCGAAGGCGAGACGCAGCACCAGACAGACGCAGGCGCUGACCAGUCGGCGGCGCGAGUCCCGCAGCGUCCGCGCGUCGUAGACAGCAGCAGCAGCGAAGAUGGAACGGACGGCGAAGACGGCGUGCCGAAGGAGCGCGAAGUUUCAGAUUGCGAUUUGUGGGGAGACUCUGACGACAGCAGCGCAAACGACAGCGUCCCUCUCUCCGAUGUCGAGAUGCCGCUGGACUGGCUGGUGACGGAGGAAGACUGGAGAGCGGAGGCGUGGUAG